AUUACAGGGGUCUUACUACAACCUUGUUGCUGCUAACGACGCUUCAACAUUCUACACCACGGUAAUUUGUUUUUCUUUCGUUUUCGUACUGCAUUCCUUUCUGUUCCCUCCUUUUCAGCUAAAUCAAUGGCCGAAGGAGAUGCACAAAAUCUUUUCCAGUUCCUGAAAAGCGAUGUGUCUACCGAUGAAAAAACAAGACAAUUAGACAACUUACGCUCAUUUUUUAAUAAAAAUAACAUUCCUAAUGAUGACCUCCCUAUCUAUAUAGAAUGCUUCAAAGUUUCUUUAGCGACCGUAAAUCCUUUGAUCCUUCGAUCUGCAGUUUCAUGCUAUGAAACGUUCCUUCGAAGACUCCGUGCGCAGUGCCCAUCGUGGGUGAAAUUUCGCGUCCCACUCUUGAAAAAUCUUGUAGUUGAUCAUCUAGCUUCCAGGGAUCUUAGAAAACGUAUUCUUACUAUUCUGUUAGAGCUCUGGCAAUUUAAUCCCAUAGAAAUUGAAAGAAGCCUGCACCAUGUUUUAUCAAAUAACAAAAAUGCAGAGAUUCGUAUGCAAGCUUUAAAAUGGUUUGCACUAGCCCAUCGCUCAGAGUUAUCCUUUGACCUUAAAGCUCUUCGCCCUUUUCUAUUUGCCAACCUGGAACACGCGGAUCCUUCUCUUCGUGAAGAAACAAAAGAGUUAUUAGUUCUUCUUCACAAAGAUUUAUCGCCUUCUACAAAGGCCCACCUUCUUCGAGAACUUGAGUCGCAUCAAGGUCUUCGAAAAGAUUUACUGCAGUUUCUUUCCAAAAAAUUAUCUCCCCAGUCUACGGAUGAUUCUACUUCUCUUUAUCAGUCUGGAUCCCUAUCCUUACCUUCCACGUUGCCCAUCAUUUCUUCCUUUUAUCCUGCUGUAGAGCUAGAAAAACUCGAUCCUCUGUACGUAAAUUUCCCAAAACAGCUCGAACAAGACGUUGCCGCUAUGCUUUCUUCAUUUGAAGGACGUGAAACUGAACAAAAUUGGUCUUUACGUCAAUCAAACAUCUUACAAAUCCGUCGAUAUAUGCGCGGAAAUGCACCGGAUCAGUAUUUACCCGAGCUUCUGUCUGUGUUAAAAUCGCUUCUUCGUGGUAUUCUUGUAAGCUUUAUGUCGUUGCGUACUACGCUUAGUUAUUCUGCAAUACAGCUCCUCAAGGAGAUGGCCUUUAUCCUCAAAAACAACAUGGAUGGGUAUCUUGAUGCUCUCCUACCCAAUCUUUUGAAAAUGUGCUCGGUCACUAAAAGGAUUGUGUCUCAAGCUGCUAAUGUUACCUUUGCUUCUAUCCUUUCUUUAUGCGGACCGCUUUCAAGGACUUUGCAAUUUGUAUCUCUUGCUGCUAAUGAUAGUAAUGCUCAGCUUCGCGUUUUUGCUAGCGGCUGGAUUUCCUUAUUGCUCGCCUUGUACCCUGUUGCGAAAUCACAUAUCAAGAUAUCUGCUAAUCAAAAUUUGUUUGAGAAAAUUAUAUGUAAAGGUAUUACAGAUUCCAAUUCACAAGUCCGUGAAUCCUACCGAAAAUCUUUUUGGAAAUUUGUUGAAUAUUUUCCAAAUAGCAAGGAAGAUCUUCUUAAAACAUUUGAGCCUUCUUCUAUAAAGCAAUUAGAACUGGCGAACCCUAAUCGGAGCCAGCAACACCCUUCUUCAGCUUUGUCGGGGCCUAAGAGAGCUCCGGUGCGGUCAAUAACACCUGCUAUACGUCCUGAGAUCAAAGCUCAAAAAGAUGAAACUCCCUUUACACCACCUGUCCCUCAACGAAAACUAGGAUUACCCCAACGAAUGGUGGCGCCAAGCCGGGAGAGAAUGGAUACACAGUCAAAAAGUAGUUCCACGUUGAGUACACCUUCCAGCUCGAACAUAGGAUUAGGCCAUCCGUCGUCUUCUGCCACUCCUCAGAGUUCGAAAAAGCCAAUUUCUUCAAAUACGCGUGAAAGCUCUGAAGCAAGCUCCUUUGAAAAAUUAAAAACCUUACAGAAGGAUUACGAAUCUAAAAAAGCUAACGAUUCUCUUUUACCUCAAUCAUUUGCUUCUCAUGUGCCGUUCUUAACACAAACACUAUAUCACGGUACUCCGCUUCUUUAUUCCAUUUUAUAUACACCAGCCUUGAUUGAGCUUUUAUGCAUUUGUAUCGAUACCCAAUCUUUUCUCUCCCAAUUCCUCCUUUCAGUAUAUGAUUUAUCCAACGCCGGUAAUGCCUUUGCUUUGACUUCAUUUCCUUAUCUAAAAAGUCGUCAUCCUCCUCACAAGUACUUUUUUAUUCUUUUUGAUUUGCUUAUGGAAAUAUCUAGUAUGGCGCCUUCCCAGAAAAGCUUUUCUUUCAAUACGAACCAAAAGCGAAUUGUAAUUCAUGGCUGCUUGCUUUGGAUGAAAGAGAUAUUGGAAGGCGAGGUACAGUACAUAAAGCAGAGAAAUCCAGACUCGUCUCCACCUUCUAAAUUUAGUAUUGAACAACUCAAGCUUUGUUCCUCUAGAAUUAUUCCUAUGAUUACCAAGACUAGGUUAACAUCUAAGAACUGGUUGCCUUUAAGUGGUUUACUCUAUGCAUUCAAUUCUUUUGAUCCAGAAGGAUUUGAAAAGCUACUUGGAGGAAUGGAUAAGGAAUCUAAAACUAAGCUUCUCCAUUCUUGGGCUUACCAAGAUGAAUUCAAGAAAAAUAAUGAAAAUAACUCACCGAGCUUACCAAAUCAAAUUAUGGAAGAUUCUGUGAGUAGAAAUAAUGAUAUUAACGGUGAUAUUAUAAAGAGCACGACGAUUUCCCCUUCUAAGGAAACUGUCAAGGAUGCUUCCGCCAUCCCUAUAGAAAAGGUCCUUGAGAAACCCCAAGAUGUUGACAUGCUUAGUAAUUCUCCAUUAAAAGAACGGUUUAAUACUGAUAACCAGUCUACGUCUUUUACUUCCGACCUGGCUUAUGAUGUUGCACAUGAUUCGUUAAGUUCUUCGCAGUCUCUAAAAGAUGGUCAAGUAGAGAAGGAAAAUGAGGAUAAACCAAUCUCCUCGUUCAUGGAUCAAAUAAAAGAAAAUGACAACAGGAUUCAAGAAGAUAAAAGUAUGGACGAACAUACUGAACAUAUAGAUGAUGGAAUUCAGUAUGAGCAACAUCCAUCCCCUGAUUUAAGUAAAGCAACUGAUAAUAUUUGGGUUUUUAAUGCAUCGAAAAUGGCCACAAGGAAGGAUGAGUUAUCGAAGCAACACAAUAAAUCUUCGCAAUCUACAGAAUCAGAAAAGACUGCACCGUCGAUAAAUAUUUUGACUGAUAAGUCAAAUACUAUGAACUCAACUAAUGUUAACAUUACUGGGAAGGGAAAGACGGAAGAAAAGCCUACAAGUGUUACAAUGAUGGGGCACCCAUACACAAAAGCAAAUUAUACUGAACAACUCUUGAAAGACUCGGAGAUCCAUAUGGUUUCACAGGCCAAACAUAUUCCCUCGGAAGAAGAACUUUCGAUAAUCUCAACAAAGUUAUCUUAUUAUUCAGAUGAAAAGCAAAGGAGUGAUGGUCUUGCUGAAGAAAAGAUCAACAAAGAGGAUGCCUGCGGAUCCGCGAACCAGACCUUCGAUAAUCGAAAUAUUCGGGAGGAUGACAUUAGUUUGAGUUUUUCGGAACUAAAGGUCCCGAAUUCUGAUCCUACAGUCUCUUCCCCUAUGUCGGAUGUAUCUCGGUCGCUCACGGAAGAAACAGUCGUCGGCUAUCCACCGCAACCACUUUCACCAUCAGUGAUAAGUAACUCUAGAAAAGAAAGCUUAACUGAGUUGCCGAACGUUGAAAAACUGAAAGUUGGUGAAUUUGCUACAAGUGCUACCAUAUCUAUCACAAAUGUAGUGCCUCAAAAUAAAUGGUUACAGAAUCGGAUGAGGAAAUUAGAAAAAGGGUCUUCGAAAGUAAAGAAUAUGGAUUCUAAAAAAAUAUCGCAAUAUUGCACUACUGCGGUUGAGGCCUUAAAGAAUGGUAACAUUUCCAGCAAGCUAAUAAAAAUAUGCCUAUCUAUUUGUAAGGAAACUCCUCAUGUUUUAUUAGAGCAUACAGAUUUUUUUUCUUCCCUUCUUGAAUUCAUUAAAGUUGAAAAUCAGAAUAUGCAUGUUUCCGACGGUUUACUACUCUUACAUGAAUAUAUCAUCCAAAGCUAUCAAGUAAUUGAAGAUAAGCGAUACGAGUGCGCUUUUUUCACAAUCUUAGAGAAAGGAGACCAACGAAAAGAUGAUGCUAUAAUCAUGGCUGCUGUAGAGGAUGUAGUUAUGGUGAUUGCACAUGUGUGGAGAGCAGAGAAAUCAGUGAUAUUUAUUCAUGAUAUGCUUCUUCAAAGACAGAUCUCCGAAAAAAAAAUGGCUCUCUGCUUACUAUUCUUUGCUGAAUUUCUUAAGCGAUUUAACGAAUUUACACAUCCAUUAAUGGAAAGGCUUAUAAAAGAGGUUGUUAUUAAAUAUAUUGAGCAUCCUGACGCUGAAAUCCGAAGGGCAACUUUCAAUACUUGCUUGGUCGUUAAUUCGAUUGUUCAAAGUGAGGAGAAAACCAUGUCAAUUCUUGGAGACUUAACAGAAGGACAAAAAAAUUUACUUGCGCAUGUAUGGAAAAUGAACGGAUAA